CGGGAGCACGACCCACUGGAGCCAGCAAACAACAACGAGUCCCUUUUCGCCUCUUGCCCGUUGCCCCUCGGUUUCGUCGCCGCUACCCGGCGAUCUCCGCGACAGCGACCCGGUGCCGCCGCCGCAGAUCUCGCCGAGAAGACAGGUAUCGGUGCCGCCGCCAGAUCAACUGGACCUGUAAAACGAGGGCCUGCGCUACCUGUGGCUGUGGAGUUCCCGAGGCGCUGUUCUGCCAGGAUUCGGCAUCCUUUGUUGCCCACAUGGCCACUUCCACAUCUCAGCAUGCGCUUUCAUCCAUCAAAUUGCUGUCCACAGGCUGCUUGCAUCCCGAUAAGAGAAAUUGCCGCGUGCUUUCUGUUUCAGUAGGGCGUCGCUGCCCCAGUGCCCGCAAUUUGGGUCUACUUUGUGCUUCAAACUCUCAAUCUUCAGUGAUUGAGCCGGUCCAGCUACCGAGGAGCCCUAAAAGUGGCGUAGCUCCAAAGAAAUCAGGUGAAAGUGCACUCAUUCUGAUACGGCAUGGAGAAUCGUUGUGGAACGAGAAGAACCUGUUCACUGGAUGUGUCGAUGUUCCCCUGACCCCUAAGGGCGUUGACGAGGCAAUUGAGGCGGGGAAAAGGAUAUGCAAUAUCCCAGUCGAUGUAAUAUACACUUCGUCGCUGAUUCGGGCUCAGAUGACCGCUAUGCUUGCCAUGAUGCAGCAUCGCCGAAAGAAGGUUCCAAUCAUUUUGCACAACGAGAGUGAACAAGCUCACAUGUGGAGUCAGAUAUACAGUGAAGAGACAAAGAAGCAGUCCAUUCCUGUCAUAACAGCUUGGCAAUUGAAUGAACGGAUGUAUGGUGAGCUUCAAGGCCUUAACAAACAAGAAACUGCCGAUCGAUUUGGUAAAGAACAAGUUCAUGAAUGGCGUCGCAGUUAUGAUAUUCCUCCCCCAAAUGGCGAGAGCCUUGAGAUGUGUGCAGAGAGAGCAGUUGCUUAUUUCAAAGACCAAAUUAUACCUAAACUUGUGGAUGGAAAGCAUGUAAUGAUCGCUGCCCAUGGGAAUUCACUUCGUUCAAUCAUAAUGCAUUUGGACAAGCUGACUUCUCAAGAGGUUAUCAGCCUUGAGUUGUCUACUGGCAUUCCUAUGCUGUAUAUAUUUAAGGAAGGGAAAUUCAUCAGGCGAGGAAGCCCCGCUGGACCUUCUGAAGCAGGUGUCUAUGCUUAUACCAAGAAUUUGGCUCAGUACAGACAGAAGCUUGAUGGCAUAGUUCAGUAGCCAUCUGCAGGCUUUUCCUUUGCUACUCAUCCGUCGAACAUGCAUUUGGUCCCGGAAAACAAGGGGCCAAGCUCCUACCAUCUCAUCGACAUUCAACUGCCAAGUAGUCCAUUCCUGUCACAAGUUUGUAGCGGCUCAUUUAUCUCUUCAGAAACCUCCCACCACGUGGUAGUAAAAUAUACGGAGUAGAUGCCAAUUUUAGGUGGUGAGCUGUAGAUACAAAUGGAGAUAUACUGGAUGGCAGUUGUGUUAUCUUUCCGCUUUCCCCAGUCACUUAGAUCUCAGAUGUUUGUAAUGGUGCAGUAAUAAACACUUGUAGCGAACUGCAUGGAACGAGACGCUGUUAUCGAAUGCUUGUUCCCCGUCU